UUAUUAUUUGCUCGUUUGUUUGAGAUUGUGACGUUUGUAUAAAUGUUUUCAUCGAUUCAACGGUUUUGCUAUGCUGAUUUCAAACUGUAUCAUUGAAAAUCAUCGUGGCUUGAAAAUGUUUCAAUUGACAUUUCUUCUGAUGAUGUCCGUGUUCAAUUUACAAGUUAACAAAGUCAGUAGUUGUCCGUCAGGCUGGAUGAAGCUACAGUCAUCUUGCUAUUUCUUCAAUACAACGCAAGAAACCUGGCAUGAAGCAAGAAAAAAUUGUCAAAAGAAAGGGGGAGAUCUUCCUGUUCCAAAAAAUAAAGCUGAAAAUGACGCCAUUUACGAAUUUAUACUAUCAAAAAUGCCUACAUUACCUUUUAUUGGUUUGUUUCGCAAUAAAAGCGACAGUAAAUUUUAUACAGUCCAUAAUGUAGCACCUACUUUCAUAAAUUGGGAUACUAAUGAACCUAACAACGCAGGUGGCAUUGAGGAUUGUGUUCAAUUCUCUGUGCAAAGCAAGUGGAAUGACAUUUCAUGCACAAGCCGUAACAAUUAUAUUUGUGAAAAAUAUAUUAAUAAAUGCUUGUCCAACCCUUGUCAUGUCAAUGCUAACUGUACUGACACUAAAGAAUCUUUUGAAUGUCAAUGUAACGAAGGAUACACUGGAAAUGGGCUCUCUUGCACGAAUAUCAAUGAAUGUUUGAAUGUUCCUUGUGAUGUCAAUGCAAACUGCACUGAUAACGAAGGUUCUUAUGAAUGUCAAUGUAACGAUGGAUACACUGGAAAUGGACUCUCGUGUACAAGUAAGAUUUUAUAAUUUCCAACCUUCACCUGUUGAGUUAACAAUCAGAGGUGUUGCAGCUGGAAUAUCUGCUGUUGUUGCUUUUGU